AUGCAUCUUCAGUCAAGCAGAUUUUGCGGACACGACGUCUGGCUAGACAAGGACGAAGAGGUGGAGUUCUACACGUACUGGUGUCGCUUCACCGUCAAGCAGACGUACGACAAGCUACAGCCAAAGAGGAUGUUCACACUGCACAUCUCCGACCACCAUUCCAGCCUCGGCGAGUGGAACGCGGACAUCGCAAUACAUGGGUUGCAGAUCGGAGCCGGUCACGCUGAUAUGCUUCGAUCUGCCUGCGAAGUCGCAAUCGGAUAUCCAGUCAAUGUGUUCCGGCCGCAGGACGUCUCUCGUUCCUGUCCUUACGCCGUGUUUCCGCAGGUCUUGGAUGCGCUGCUUCGACUGUAUUAUGACUCGGUCUGGGCAGUCAGGAACCACAUCAGUCAGUAUGAAGCCAGGAGGUCACAAGAGACCGACUACUUCCUUCUGCACGAGAUUGCGAGACACGGGGUGGAUGUCAGCGAGACCCUCAGCGUGGUCACACAGUCCCUCGACGCCAUGUAG